GCCGCGUACUGCGAACGCGUCCAGGCGCGUGUGUGGCCCGGGAACUCCGGGACAGAGGAGUCGGGCGGCGGCGUUGGGCGACGACUCUCACUUUCCUCCAAGUGGGGACGACCCGGACGAGGAAUAAUAGCGGAGAGGAGGCCGCAGGGGGAGGGCGCGUGAAGGAGAGAAGACAGAGACGGCGGCGGGCGCCUUGGUCGCGGCCAGUUAUUUCUCAGAAGCGGACCAACGCGAACGGUGCGCGGCCGAAACGUCGGCGCACUCCUGCAUCGGAGGAGCACACGCUAUCCGGCCCGCCGACGCCUUCUUCACCCGGACUGCCAGCUUCUCCGCGCAGCCCGACUAGAGUGGGCGCACCCACGUCGACGUUGCCGUUUCUCCCGUAGAGGCGACUGACAGUCCCGACGCUGCUACCGAUCGGCAGCGUGUCUACGACUGCACCUGGCUGCGUCGUCGUCUGGCAGCGUCUUUAUGCGCCACACUGGCCGGCGGCUGUUCCGCUUUCGAGACAAUUUGUGUGGCGGAGCCCAACUUCAGCCGGCAAACAAGCCUCCUCUGAGGGUCCGGACAGGGCGACAGCAGAGUGAUCGGAGCCGCCCCGCUCGAUGCGCGCCUAGAGUCCCCGCCAUGCAAGUCUGCGUGCCCCGCCUCCUGGUAGUACUGGUGUUCGCCACCCCGCUCAGCGCCGCCGGUCCAAGUUUACAAGACACACCUCUAGAGCCAGUGCUUGCAGUGAAAGGAGAUGAAGCACUGAUUGAUUGCGUAGUAAAAGACCAAGCAAACUACACAGUACUAUGGAGAAGAGUUUCUGAUCGUGACAAGGGAGCUGUACUGACAGCAGGCAAUGUGCGUGUCAUUGGUGAUCCCAGGAUAUCAGUCUUACAUAAUCCAGAGCACAAUAACUGGGUCCUGAGGAUUAGCAAUGUACAGCCAUUGGACUCUGGUCGAUACAGCUGUGAGCUGAACACUUCACCCAACCAAAGGAUAACAAGGUUACUUACAGUUCUUGAGGAUGCGAGGCGCUCAACACCGUUCCUCCUCACACACAACUAUACAGACUGCUGCAACGAGAGGGGCAUCCCACCCGAGUGCUUUGGCUACUGCACACUCCAGGGCAUUGUCACAGGACGGCACCACAGUCCUAGGACGUGCCUUGAGUACAUUGGAAUCCUCACACAGUGUCUCACAGAUGGCCGGAAUCACAUGCCUUGCUGUGUGGCACAAAACAUUCCACAGAUAUGCCGAUCUGUUUGUGUUGGUGAUUACACACUCACUACUGUCACGGAGCAUUACACCUGCAUGGACUAUACCAUGACAACACUGGCGUGCAUUGCAAACGGUGUUGAACUUUUACCGGGGCCUCCCAGGCAGCUGGAAGUGGAACCAGUUUCGCCUACAGAGCUGCUCAUCAGAUGGAUGCCACCUCACCAGGAGAUUGAAGUCGCACAUUUCCUCAUAAACAUCACUGAGCUUCAGAGCUUUGACCCUGACGAAGUAACACCAAAGAAUGAAGCAAGUCUCUUUUAUUGUACAGACAAAGAUUCAACUGUCGGGUCAACUCAAGCAUUUUCAAUCAAGGUGGAUGGAAACCAGACAAUGUUCAACUUGCGCAACCUGAAGCCAGUGACCAUGUACGAGGUGACAGUGACAUCGGAGAACAUGCAUGGCACUAGUCUUCCAACAUAUGCUGUGCGCACUUUGACCCUGGGUGCUGAGCCCUCCUUUGACCUGCCCACCCCUGAGAACAUCACGACCAAUGAGACGCUCCCAUCCAUCCCAGAUGUUCGUGGUUGUUGUGUCAAGCGUGGCGUGAAGCAAGAGCGCUGCCUUCGAACCAUGUGCGAUCCCAGUCGGGCAGAUGAGACCACGCUAACAGACGUGAUGAUCUGCGCACCAUGGGCCAACGUGACGUUUGCCUGCAUGGCAGACGGUGUGGACCACACUGGCUGUUGCCGACGCCGGGGUUUGCCAGAGGCCUGCCUGGGCUUCUGCAAAGGCAGUGUGAUGCGUGUUGAUUACCGUCACUUCCGUUGCCUUGAGUACAUGCCCUUCUACGGCAGUUGCCUGCUUGAACACUAUGGUGUGCUGCCUGGCCCACCCAAGGAACUCACUGUCACUGCCAUCAGUCGGAAUUGGGCUGUGUUGACGUGGAAACCUCCCAGCAAACUUCCAGAUACUGUGACAAAGUAUGGACUGUUCUGGAGAAGGCUUGGAGAUGAGUUUGAACCUUACUUUGCUGUACCAAACGUCAAGCCACCCUACCUUAUGGACAGACUGGAGCCAUCGUCUGACUAUGAAAUAUUUAUUGUGGCUGAAAACAAAUACGGAACAAGUGAAGGUUCAGAUCGCAUUGUGCUGAGGACACAGGAUCCUGUGCCUGAGCCAGCAGAUGAACCUUCAGGAUACAAUGAAACUGCCUGCUGUGUAAAUGCAAAGGUCAAGGACAUAUGCAUGCCACUUUGUUCUUAUAAGAUGAAGUUAGCUGACCUGCAGUACUUGAGCCCCCUCUGUCUUGAUGAGAUGCACACUCUACUGCGAUGCGGUGCGGGCGGCCGUGACCACCGACCAUGUUGCCAGCGGUAUGGUGUGCGGGAUGAAUGCUUGCCCAUCUGCGCUGGUGAAGUCUCACUUAGCAAAUAUGACGUCACUGCCCUUGUUUGCUCCCGAGACAUUGGUGCUGUUCUCAAGUGUAUGGAAGAAGGCAAGGACAUCAUUCCUGGUCCGCCUGAAGAUUUUCAUGUGACAUUUGUGACACCCACUUCUGUACACCUUGUGUGGAAUGCACCAUCAGGCAAUGUGACAACAACACAAUAUCAGAUUAGGUAUGAGGCCAUCAAUGGCACAGUACCUCCACACCCUGCAGAGUACACACAGGAAGUGAAUGUGACAACAACUAUGGCCAUUGUGGAUAAGCUGACACCAAAAACAAGUUAUAGCUUUUAUGUGGUGGCUGCAAAUGAACAGGGUUUCUCUGUUCCAUCUCUUAUCAUCCUCCUCACCACACCAGAGAAAGGCGUCGAUGAGAAGGGAAUACAAAGUAUGGUGAGCCCACCAUAUGGCGUGGAAGUGCUUCAUGCAGCUGUCGAUGCCAUUGCACUCAAGUGGUUGCCACCGCUGCACCUGCCACUGCAGUCCAACCUGUCCUACAUCGUUCGUUUUGCACCAGUCAAUGUCUCCAAUGAUGACAACCGCUGGACAAGUGUGGCGACACCUUACACCUCUGUUAUCAUCGGGAACCUGACUUUCAAUACACAGUAUGCCAUCUCUAUCAUGGCCAUGUCUGGUGGCAAGGCCAGUCUGCCCUCGGAGACUGUACUUGCUUGGACUGAUGCUGCCAUUCCAGCUUUCGUGAACCUGCCACUAGUCAUCCCAUCUGGGCCCAUCAUGGAAGGGGUCAACAUGACUGUCAUGUGCAUCGGUGUUGGUGUACCAACCCCCACUGUCUCAGUCUAUGUAAAUGGCAUCCUGCAAAUCCAGUUGCCUCAGCAUCAUGUGGCGAUCACUGUGCCUCGGGUUUCACGCAAUGUCACAAAAGUGUCCUGCUUCGCCACCAAUGGCUAUGGGCAUGGAGCCCACAGUUCAGUGGACAUUCAUGUCAUUUCAAGUCCACUAGUCAUGGUGCCAUUGAAGAAGGCAUAUGCGGAGAUGGGAGCCAAUGCAAGGCUGCUGUGUGAAGUAUCGGGUCACCCUGAGCCUCGCUUCCUGUGGUACCGGGACUCGCAACUGCGUAGUCCACUCGGUCGCAAUGACCACAUUGAUCUGCGGUCUAGCCCAGACCCACUGAAGCCACACAACUACCAGUCCUACUUGAUCAUUAAGGGUGUCACGGCUGAGGAUGCAGGUGCCUAUUUCUGCUCCGCAGAGAAUCAGCAUGGCUCUAUGGCUGGCACAGUCACGCUCGGUGUCAUGCCACGUUCUGCACGAAACACAACCAAUUGCUGUGCAUCUUUGGGCGUGUCAGCACCAUGUAUGACAGCAUGUGCUUUUGACAUUGACAUCAAUUUCGCCGUCAACAGGCCACAGUGCAUUCGAGAACUUGAUAAGCUGAUGCACUGUGCUGCUGACGGUAGUGAUCACAGACAGUGUUGCAGGAGCAAGGGCGUCCCUUCAAGCUGCCUGCGCUGGUGUGUCGGCAGGCCAGUAUUUCAGACUACACAGUGUGCCCUUGCUGCUGCCAAAGAGAUUGUGUCCUGCUUUGAAGAAGGAAAAGCAAUGCUCCCGGGGCCACCUCAGAAUGUCAGGGCCACACAAGUGGCUCCUGGAGCAGUGGACAUCUACUGGGAUCCUCCGCUGAAAAAUCCUGAUGUGGUUCAGUGGUACCGUGUGCUCUGGAGGAGCGUUGGCUCGCAGAGCAUCAACCGGAACGAGACAUUGAAGCCACCAUUCCAGUUCCGGGACAUGGAAAAGGGUCUCAUCUAUGAAUUCCUGGUCAAGGCAGGCAACCACUAUGGCAUGAGUGCCAGCACUCUUCCAGUUGUCAUUCAUCCACCAACUCUACCUGGACAGGGUUUGAGCCUGGGUGGAAAGAUAGCUAUUAUACUGGUGAUGACAGCACUGGUGCUGGUGAUUGCUGCUGUGCUGGGCAUUUUCUACUGGAAACGCUGGAAGGCCAAGACAAGGCCUCCUGGUGUCUCGUUCGAGAAUCCCACCUACCUCAAGGAUGGCGUUGUACUCCAGAACACAUCGGGAGAGGGCACAGCCAAACCUGGUGAAACGACUGUUGAAAAUGGUGGCCACCGAAAUGGCCGGCCACGGGCUGUUGAGAACUGCUAUGAGGACAUCCGUGCAGUCAGGCUUUCCUCGUGAUCACUUAGGACUGAUUGCACAUCCUAUAUUCAGGCCUCCUCCUCUCUCUGUGAAGGAGCUCUUCAUAUUGCCCUGCUGCUACGUUGGCUGGAUAGAGCGUCAUGAGAGCUUCAAGGCCUGUGUCUUAUAGUGGAACAAGGACAGCAGGAUAUUGCCUAGUGACCAUGAAACCGUGGUGUUCUCAAAGAAUCUGCCAUGUUGUGUGUGCCUCGCCAAAUGUAACGAGGCCAAUGUUCUUGUGUGACAGUGAGAGAAAAGAAGGCUGCUGCGAUGACACUUUUUCAGUGUCUUGGCAAAUGUCUUCCAAACAUGUUUAAUGUCUUGAUGAACAACCUUGCAUGAAACCUAAGUUUGGGUUCUUUGUGGGCACAUGAUGGCAAGGUGAUGCACAGGCUUGCAUCAAGAUUGUUGCCCCUGGAGGUUGUUCUUUAGAUUUUGUCAAAUGAGAUGCCUUGUGCUUGCUGGAUAGGAACAUGUCGUGCAACCCAUCGGCACACAGUAAGCAUUUUGUGCCUUGCAUCUUGCAGAGCUAUGUGCUAUUUGGGGCAUAUGUCAUCCCCUUGCCACAUGUGCCUUGUUACACCAGAAUGUGCGUGCUACAUGCCCCAUUUUUCACAAGUAGAACCCUCUGUCUGCACACAAUGCUGUGGAAGCAGAGUUCACGUCAGCAUACAGAAUAUAAACUGGCUUUGUUUGAAAACUAUAGUAUUUACUGUGCAGUGCCUGGGAGUCCUAACAGAAGCAGCACACAUUGUCUCCUCAUGCACUGUGGCAAUUUACUGAAUUUGUCACACUUAUUUCCUUCAUCCUGGCACUUUCCAUUACUUCACAUACUCCCACUUCCUAAAGGAGGUUGUUUGCAGGUUUAUUACAGAUGUUGAGGAAAUGUGCAGUUGUGGCUUUGAAGCAAUGCCAUUUGUGUGGCAGUACAGUUCAAAGUGACAUAAGCACAAAAGCUACAGAACUUUAUGAAGUACCAAUGCAGUUAGUGCUGGUGAGUUGACCAGUGUUAUGCUUAGCCUGUGUUUGUAUGCAAGCUUUGAAAAGGAAGGCAGCAAGAAGUCAGAGUACUUAAGAAAAUUUAAUCUAAGCAAGUGCAGUUGCUUCUUGUGCUGGCACCAGCAGAAGGCAGCUGUCACCACACAUUGCUUUGUAUAUAAAUAAUAUGUGAUAACAAAGAAAGCGUUUAUGACAUGUAUGUUACGGCAUUCCAUUUCCUUGUUGCUGUGCUUUUUUAUAGUGUAUUUUGUGGCUUUUUUCGUGUGCAACAUUUGUUAUGGCCUGGUGUAGUUUAAAAAAAUUGAAAAGCCUAACAAGGCAAUUUCAUCAACCAUGACCGUGAUAUCAUGAAGAGUGAUUUUAGUUGUGUAUUUUAGCUUUUACAUAUGUUCAGCUAUUUCACACUUUUUAUGGCAUUAGACAGGAUUUCCUAGAGAAGAAUACAGCAGUCAUUGUGAUAUGCAAUGGUCUUUGUAGGGUCUGUGUUAUUACCAUUGCAGUAAACAUUCCAGUGUAGCUUGCAAUUGAUUUCUGUUGCAGAUGUUGAAACAAAAUGAAUUGUGUCACCACACCAAGCAUGGACUAAGGUUACCAACCAAAAGCAAAAGGCAGCCAUUUCAUUUGGAAGCAUAUUUUAACAUCAACAAGCAUAUUGAUUUGAAAAUCUGCUCCAAAAUGGCUUUUUUUUGUGUGUGUGUGUGUGGAAUCUUGGUGUAUAUGUUGGAUGUUAGAAUCUGCUUCCAACCUGCACUACUGGAGUGCCUAUUAUACACACAGUAGGACUGCAACAUCAGCCACAAUUGUUCAAACUGACAAUAGAUUAUGGGAGCAGUACCAGGAACUCUUCAUGUCUGGCUGGCCCUUCUUUAAAAAAAGAAAAAAGAGCGUGGAAGGAGGCAACUGUCCAACCUUCAGUAACGCAUGUGACACUGAUAUUUUUAUUUCACUGCAAUGGUGGAUGUGCAGCCUCAGAAAAAAUUUUCAGCAUUCUCUUUUUUACCAGCAGAUUUGUAUGGUCGCGUAGUCUCACACUCGUACGACAGUAGCAACAUGUGACAGUACGUGCAAUGUUCACAACAAAGUGACCUGUUCCAGUCAAGCUCAGAGAUGUUAUUUUUCAGAGAAGUAUAGAUGCUAUUUUCUCUCUUGCACUGAAAAGGUGUGUACAAAAUGAAGCAGGAUUGCUUGCCAUGCUGUUCAGUUUAUUGUGCAAGUGGAGGGAAUUUGUACAUAAACACAAACAAUGCCCAUGAACAAAGAAAACAGCAAUUAUACUGAUGCUGUGCAUAUACAUAAUUUUAUAUUGAAAUGCAGAGCUGUAAAUAAUGCAAAUGUUUUUUUAAAUAAAGAGACUUGUGUUUCUUUUA